AGGACGCGCGGCAGCGGGCGGCGGGCAAGACCCGGAGCGGCGGGCUGGUGGGCGGGCGCGGGGGAGGCGGCUGCGGUUACCGUGCUGGACGCGGGUCCCGGGCGCGGCCUCCACAAAGAGUCGGGCCGCCCUCAGGCGGAGCUGCGGGCUGAGGCUCCAUGUUGGGAAGCGGCGCCGCUCGGCGUUAGCGGGAAUCGGGGCGCCGCGGGCAGAACCGGCGGGGGCCGGGCCCGGAGCGAAGAUGGAGGCCCCGCUGCGGCCUGCCGCCGACAUCCUGAGGCGGAACCCGCAGCACGACUACGAGCUGGUCCAAAGGGUCGGCAGCGGUACCUACGGGGACGUCUACAAGGCCAGAAAUGUACAUACAGGAGAAUUAGCUGCAGUAAAAAUCAUCAAAUUGGAGCCUGGUGAUGAUUUUUCUUUGAUCCAACAAGAAAUAUUUAUGGUUAAAGAAUGUAAACAUUGCAACAUCGUAGCCUACUUUGGGAGCUAUCUCAGUAGGGAAAAACUAUGGAUUUGUAUGGAAUACUGUGGUGGUGGAUCACUUCAAGAUAUUUAUCAUGUUACUGGACCAUUAUCUGAAUUGCAAAUAGCCUAUGUGUGCAGAGAGACCUUACAGGGUCUUGCCUAUUUGCAUACUAAAGGCAAAAUGCAUAGAGAUAUCAAAGGUGCAAAUAUCUUAUUAACAGACCAUGGUGAUGUAAAAUUGGCUGAUUUUGGUGUGGCUGCAAAAAUAACAGCUACCAUUGCAAAGAGAAAGUCUUUCAUCGGCACCCCUUAUUGGAUGGCCCCAGAAGUUGCAGCAGUGGAGAAAAAUGGUGGCUACAACCAACUUUGUGAUAUCUGGGCAGUAGGAAUAACAGCAAUUGAACUUGGAGAGCUUCAGCCACCUAUGUUUGAUCUUCAUCCAAUGAGGGCUCUCUUCUUAAUGUCAAAAAGUAAUUUUCAGCCUCCGAAACUAAAGGAUAAAACAAAAUGGUCAUCAACAUUCCAUAAUUUUGUCAAAAUAGCACUAACUAAAAACCCUAAAAAAAGACCAACUGCUGAAAGACUUCUAACGCAUACUUUCGUUGGGCAGUCAGGUCUGUCUCGGGCCCUAGCAGUUGAGCUGUUGGACAAAGUGAGCAAUCCGGACAACCAUGCACAUUACACUGAAGGAGAUGACGAUGACUUUGAGCCCCAUGCAAUCAUUCGUCAUACCAUUAGAUCUACAAACAGGAAUGCCAGAGCUGAACGGACAGCUUCAGAAAUAAAUUUUGACAAAUUACAGUUUGAACCUCCCCUGAGAAAAGAAACAGAAGCACGGGAUGAAAUGGGAAUAUCAUCCGACCCAAACUUUAUAUUACAUUGGAAUCCUUUUGUGGAUGGUGCAAAUACGGGCAAAUCAACCUCAAAACGUGCAAUACCGCCUCCCCUACCUCCUAAGCCAAGGAUAAACAGUUUCCCUGAAGACAACUUCCCAGAUGAUGAAAAAUCAUCAACUGUCAAACGUUGCCCUGAUUUAGAGAACAGAGCUCCUCAAGUUCUCAGAAGACAAAGCAGCCCAAGUUGUGGUCCUGUGGCAGAGAGCUCCUUUAUGGGAAAUGGUGAUGGUAUUUCAAAACUGAUCAGUGAGAAUACAGAGGGAUCAGCACAAGCUCCGCAGUUACCACGGAAAAAGGACAAGCGAGAAUUCCCUAAACCAGCUAUCAAUGGCCUUCCACCCACCCCAAAAGUACUGAUGGGAGCAUGUUUUUCAAAAGUUUUUGAUGGCUGCCCUUUGAAAAUUAAUUGUGCAACAUCCUGGAUACAUCCUGAUACAAAAGAUCAGUAUAUCAUUUUUGGAACUGAAGAUGGUAUUUACACAUUGAAUCUCAAUGAGCUACACGAGGCAACUAUGGAACAGUUAUUUCCACGGAAAUGUACAUGGCUCUAUGUUAUCAAUAAUACUUUAAUGUCAUUAUCAGAAGGAAAAUCCUUUCAGCUCUACUCUCAUAAUCUUAUUGCAUUGUUUGAACAAGCCAAAAAACCAGGAUUAGCUGCCCAUAUCCAGACUCAUAGAUUUCCAGAUCGCAUUCUGCCAAGAAAGUUUGCCUUAACAACAAAGAUUCCUGAUACAAAAGGCUGCCAUAAAUGUUGCAUAGUCAGAAACCCUUAUACAGGACAUAAGUACCUAUGUGGAGCUUUGCAGUCUGGCAUUGUUCUGCUUCAAUGGUAUGAACCAAUGCAGAAAUUCAUGCUGAUAAAGCACUUUGACUUUCCUUUACCAAGUCCUUUGAAUGUUUUUGAGAUGCUGGUGAUACCAGAACAGGAAUACCCGAUGGUCUGUGUAGCUAUCAGUAAAGGCACAGAAUCAAAUCAAGUAGUUCAGUUUGAAACAAUCAAUUUGAAUUCUGCAUCUUCAUGGUUUACAGAAAUCGGUGCAGGCAGCCAACAGCUGGAUUCUAUUCAUGUAACACAGCUGGAGAGAGAUACCGUUUUGGUGUGUUUAGAUAAAUUUGUGAAAAUUGUAAAUCUACAAGGAAAACUAAAAUCAAGUAAGAAACUGGCCUCUGAGCUAAGUUUUGACUUUCGCAUUGAAUCUGUAGUAUGCCUUCAAGACAGUGUGUUGGCUUUCUGGAAACAUGGGAUGCAGGGUAAAAGUUUCAAAUCGGAUGAGGUAACCCAGGAAAUUUCAGAUGAAACCAGAGUUUUCCGCUUAUUGGGAUCAGACAGGGUUGUUGUUUUGGAAAGCAGACCAACAGAAAACCCUACAGCACAUAGCAAUCUCUACAUCUUGGCUGGACACGAAAAUAGUUACUAGACAACAAGAAGAUGAAUAUUCUCCAUUGAAUGAAAGCAAGAGUGUCUUAAGAGAAUUCAGUAGACUGCAGUAUGAUUUCCUUUAACUGUUAAGGGUUAUAUAUCAAAUGAUCUGUAUGUUAGGAUAGAAUUCAGUAUUUUCUGUAGCUGGAAACAGCUAGUCUUAUCUCUUGCCACUGUGUGGUGGUUAUAUCAAGUUUGCUUAAUAAAAGCUGUGAGACAAAUAGUCCUCUAGUUCCAGGAAACACAGUCUUUUUUUUAAAAAAAAACAAAACAAAACAAUAAUGUUUGUAACAAAGGUGCCAUGGUGUUUUUAAGUAACUCGUGAUUAUCUUCAGAGAGAAAUUUAGUGAAUGCUCUCUCGUUUUAUACCAUGUCUUACUCCUUCUUAGUGAACAUAAUUUGAUAAAGAGUUAUCACACAAGCCUUUCACUUUUACAGUGGCCUUUCUGUACGUUUUGUAAGAUAGAAUAUUUAAUCCUUAUUUAUUAAUCUCUUGCUGGAGUGGUGUAAUGUAUCUAACUUUUAGCAAAGGAAGGUUGCAGAGCAGCUUAAAUUUUUUUAUAAUGUACGGGAAUUUUGUUUACCUUUGCAGAGUAGUACUUUAGAGGCUAAAGGCAGUGUGUUUGGAGUUCAACACAUGCAAUUUCAUUUAACAAAAGUAUUUUAUAAUACAACUCCAUGCAGGAUUGCCUUAAAGGGGGUUUUGUGUUUUCAACUGCAAAUAGUUGUACACAGUCAUGCAGAAGAUGCUGCUGAUGGCUGGAGAAGCCUCAGCUGGGUGUGUGAUGUCUGUCUAGGUGUGGCUACCGUGUGUCUCUGUGUGUGUGUGUGUGUGUGUGUGUGUGUGUGUGUGUGUGUGUGUGUGCGUAUGUAUUAGACAAGCAGUAUAAUAGACGUGAUUUUUUUUUUACAUUAGGGAUAAUGCAUAAGAAAUUAAUCAUAUUAUCAUCCCUAAUGUAUGGGAGAAAAGUAUUUAACUGCCCAUAUUAUGUAUUUUACUUAUACUGUGCCAGUGGGGAAAUUGCAAAGCAUUUGCAUGUGUAAUCUUGGGGUUUUUCACAUAUGUAGGUGUUCAUUGUGAGUAGGUUUAAGGAAAAAUAUACUUCAAGUGAAAUUGAAUUCCUGGUGGGAUAGUAUAGAUACUGUUUUUAUAUUUAAAAAUUCCAGUAUACUAAAAUUAAGAAAGGAUAGGGCCUUCCGUUGUUGUUUCUUUUUAGUAUUCAAAACUGAAGUCUUAUAUUGGUACUAACUGUCUUAAUGUAUUUAAGAACAGUUAGCAUUGAGAUGAUGGGCAAAGGGCUAGUAGUAGCAAACUAUAGAAUUAGUCUGACCAGUUACUUGACAGGGAAAGUGUUUACUAUCUCAUUUUAGCAGUUCUAUAAAAUGCAUAGUACCGUCUCCAUUUUUCAAAUGAGGAAAUAAGAGUUUAACAAAGUUAAGCAACUUACCUGUUUCAUACUGGUUAGUUCUUGAGCCAGACCAUGAGUCUUCUGACUCUGUUCCUUUCACUAUGCAAUAUCUAAGUAAUAAAAUGUUACACAAAUGAA